CUGGUUAUACACCGCCCGGUAUUUAUUGUUCUUAAUAUUUGUGUCUGUGACGGUACUUGCUUUGGAAGAUGGCAAGCCAGUGAGAGAAGAAGUGGGGGAAGAAGUGGGGGAAGAAGUGGGAAUGAAGUGGGAGAAGAAGUGGGAGAAGGAUCAGAUAAUAAUGAAAGUGUAAUUGACUGGGCCGAAGUAGAUUACAAGCUUAUCUUAGAUAGCCUCAGGAUUGAUCACCGGGACCACACUUACGCAGAUAUAAACAGCUACAGGACUCUAUACCAGUCACUUCACCUCACCGUUGACAUGGAAGACAGAACCCUAUCAGGGUUUGUGGAGACUACUUUCGUCAAGAUCAAACCCUCCUGGAUGAUGUCUAAAUUCUCUAGCGUGGGUCCAGGUUUGGUGUUGGAUAUUGGGCCUCAUGUAACGGUUACAGAGGUAGAACACGUAGAGACAGGAGAGAAGUUAGAGUUCACAACCUCCUGUGUAGAUAAGCACGUGGUGUCAGUGCUCCAAUGUGCUCUACAGAUAAACGACCCUAUGUCAAGUGUAGGACAGUUCAAGCUCAGGAUACACUACUCAGUCACGGACAAAACUUCCUCUCUUCACUUCAUCCCUCCCCUCCAAACUCACAGUAAGGACAAGUACUUCCUGGUUUCAAACACACAGCCUUCCAACGCUCGAGGCUGGAUACCCUGUCAGGACACACCCGCCCUGAAGUUCCCUUACCAUGCUACAAUCAGAGUCAAGGAGCCCUUCACGGUCCUGAUGAGCGCUAUCAUCACAACUACAAGUACUGAUGAGUCAGGGUGGGUAACUGUGGGCUUCAGACAGGAAAUACCUACCCCUCCGUAUCUUAUAGCUAUCACUGUGGCUGAUAUCGUGAGUGUGGAUGUUAGAGGUGAAGGUUUGGGGACUGAUACAGGGUUAGCGGUGCCACCUAUCAGAGUCUGGGGAGAAAAGAGUCUGAUGGAAAAAGUGGGACCUAGUGGGAUUCUUGAUUUGAUACCUCGGAUGAUGGAUAUCUGCGAGAGAAAAUACGGGAGAUACGAGUGGUUAAGAUACGACAUAGUGCUAAACCCUCCCGGGUACAUGUUCCGAGGAAUGGAAUUCCCAGCGAUGAACUACAUCUCCAGUACGGUCCUCAACUUUAACGACCUAGCAGGACCCAACUACAUCUUCUCCAACAUAAUAGCUCACGAGAUGAUACACAGCUGGUUUGGGAACCUGGUGACUCCUAAAUACGCUGGAGACGCCUGGUUAGCUGAAGGUAUCACAUCCUUUGAGGAGCUGGAACUGAUGGAGGAGUAUUACGAGAACCCGGAAGUCGGGAAAUUCCUCAGAAAGGACCGGUACACCUCCCUUAAGAAAACUCUGGAGAGUUACACAGGUGCCAGUGCCAAGUACAAGAUCCUAACACCCUAUCUGUUUGAGGAUCACCCGUUUCACGGGUUUACUUACAUACACUACAACAAGGGGUCACUGUUUCUAGAGUACCUGGCUAACCAUACCAGCAGAGAGAAAGUAGACCAGGGCCUCAGAUCAUAUCUAGAUAGCCACAGAUACCAGUCUGUAGAUACAGCUGAUUUCGUGCACAUGUUGUACCAACAGUUCGGGGUUGAGUCUGCUAAGGAUAUCGAGAGGGAAAUAUUUGUGUGGCUGGAACGUCCUUCAACCAAAGUUCCGGUGAAAUUUUACCAGUCGGAGAUAUUUGAGGAAUGUAGUGAAAUUUACAAGAUUCUGACCAGGAGUAAGAGGAAUAGGACGGUUUCGUGGAAGCUGAAAGAUAUAGCAGAAGCUUAUGACCACAGAACUGGGCUACUCGGUGACAAGGCUGGCCACGUUCAUUCCCAGAUGAUGAUAGUACUGGAGAGAAUGAAGACGGUAAUAAACCGUGCGAACAUGACCGAGACGAGGCUGAAAAAUUGGAAGAUUCUUCUAAACCGUCUGGAUAAGACAUUCAAGUUCAGUCAGAAGACUGAGAGUGAUCCUGAAAUGUUCGCAAAGUGGGCCAGUAUAGCGCUGAGAUUCAACCACACCUCCACCAUGUCUGCAGCUCCCGUCUUCUUUGCAGAGAACGCUAGAUUAGAGCUGGUCUUCUCCCUGUUAGACGCUCCCGUAGACUUCAGACUCCGGGGCGUGUUCGCGAACAUCCUCCGAACUUCCUACGAUACUUCCAGAUAUCCGGGCUAUAUUGGGAGUUUGUUGACAAGUUAUGCGGAGUAUUUCAUAGGUUUCUAUGAACCUUGAGAGGCUGGAAGUGUUGAGGAAACAUAUAUAGCAACAGCGGUAAGACGUGGAUCAAACUGAUAUUGUUAGGAUUAGUAGAAUGGUCUGCAGCACUUUGUCGGAAACAGUCGUACAUUUGAUUUCAGUGAGUGCGCCAAAUAUUAGAUUGAUGCGGAGCCCUAAAUUAUGAAUAUUAAAUAAAUUAAGCAUACUAGAAUUACGACUCGGUAUUACUGCAUUUAAACACAUUUUUACCGUGCCCCAAAUAACACAAUAAACCGGGAUCUUCAAUUUACCGGACAUUUUUGUCCGAAUUUAAAGUAAAUCAGGUUUUUACUGAACUAUCAUUUCCGUUUAUGCGACAAAAUGCUGCAGAACCUGUCGACUAAGUGUCAGAGAAUUAUUUAUUCAGACUGACAAAUAUCAUAAGACGGUACAUUACAAUCCCAACAAAUCAAAUUAUUUAUAUAUAUAUAUUAAAUAAAAACAUCUUCGUUUUAUCGUAAGAAGUGAUUGUAUUGUUAAUAUUAUAGCGAAGUUAACCGUGGAAUUUUGUGACAUUAACGCUCCUAUAAGUGCACUUUAAGUUAAAGUAACGUAAGGUUAGAUGAUUAACCAUUCUAUCUUUGGCUUUAGUCGUGGUGUCACAUUUAGUCACGAUCACCUCAUCUGACUCCGCCACCCGCAAAUUCUAUAAAUAUAAUCUUAUGUAUUCCAACGAAUGAACAUUCAACCUAACGAUGCCAUUAUGUUCUAAUGAGUGCAGCCGAAAUCAGAGAAUCUAAACCUAAAUAACGAAAUGAUCAUUAGUUAGAUAAUUUAUGUAAUAAUUGUUUAAAGAUUUGGAAAUAAGGGACACACCUACAGAAAGCUUUGGAGAGAGGGAGAGUUAUUUUAUUUAUUAUAAUGACAGUUAUUCAAAUUAGGUUAUAAUUUAUUUACAAUCUCGGUGGAGGAGGGCCCUUAUUACGGGUCUGAUUUCAUUUUGAACUAUUAAUUAUUUUUAUCUUUAUUGUUUCAUGUUAUUUUAGAAAAUU